AUGUUUGCAGGUACAAGUCGUUCUGUGCAACAACAUCAGAAAAAAAGCCUGCCACCGUGUAAAGAUGCGUUGCUACAACAUAUUAAGAGAUGUUCGUAUCAAGCUGCCAUACACCAAAGAGCAAUUCAGCAAACCAUAGAUGCUCCGUCUCCUGACGGCUACGGCUGGUCUGUCAAAGACGGUGUUAUUGAUGUUGUGUGGAAGACCAAACCUGCGGCUCCAGAAUGUCUAUUGAAGGUUGUUAAAUGUGGCUGUAAGACUACCAAGUGCAUUAAGGGUGGCUGUUCAUGUUUAACGAACAAAUUGUUAUGUACAGACAUGUGCAGGUGCAAGGAAUGUGGGAAUGGGAAAGAUGACAACGAAACCGAAGUACCCGAUGAUUCAUCUCAAAUCAGCGCCGUUGAGGAUGACUUGGAUUUGCCACCCUUUAGUAUAUGA